GACGCAACAAAUGUAUUCUACUUGGGAGAGUGGACAGUUGUUGGGGAGAGAUGGUAUGAAGCCUGCCACCAAACAAGGUGAAUCAGGGAAAGCGCCGAGACCUGGCCUCAGAUUCGAGUUGGAAAAAGGAGUCAGGGUUCCAAUGCACUGGAUUCAGGGUACUAGAGGACCUGGUUACCUCGUGGUUGUGCGCGAUCCGGAUGUCAGAUCAAGGAAGGCUAUGUCUACGUUGGGGAGGCGUGAGAGGCUGCAGUUGUUGAGAGACAUUCUCACGGGAAGUGUCGUACUGGCUCCAAGGCUAAGUAAAGCUGCUAAUACUGCCGGGAAACAUUCGAUGGAGACAUACGUGGAAAUGGUGAAGCAGGAAAGAACAAUGUUGAGAAUGUUUCACUACUUCGUCUUCAUUUCUGAUCCUCACAAGAAGCCGUCAGAGUGGAAGGAACCAUUCUUCGACAACCUUUCUGAUUUGUUCGCUAGGUAUUCUGAUCAUGGAUUGACAUCGGAGAGGUGGAUCGACCAGCGACGGCAUUUCAAAGAAACGAGUUGGGUGCGGUCAUUUCCGGCUACACUUGGAGGCGAGGAUGAGAAAGGAGAGGAGGACUUCAAGAAAACAAAAUCGCUUGCAAAUAAAUGCCCCGAAGAGUUCAUUCAAUUUGUCAACAAGUUGUUGCGUAGAUCUGAAACUGGGGGUUCGCAUAGCAUUCGUAUGUCGGGACAAGCGAGAUACAUACAUUUCCAGAAACAGGACGUGACAUCUGUAUUCGUCCCGUUCCAGUGGAAACCGAGCGAUGUUUCAGACGAGAUGGAUUGCAAGGAGAUGUUUAGAGCCGUCAGACACCUGACGUGCCACACGGCCGUCCUGGAUUUGUGCCGCCCGACCCAGAUGGGUGCGUGGACUGAACAAGUGUUUGUUGGACUCAAGAAGUUUAUGAACAAACUUGGCGGCGAGUAUUGGACAUUGUUGUGCUUCGUUCCACGCCCUUGCGAGUUCACAUUCUUGAGGCGAGUUGCGAUGUGGGACAUUCAAUUGGAUCUUCUCAAAUGGACUCGUCUACAACAAAUAAAGGGGAAAGUGUAUAAGGUUGCAAACUUGCCUUUGGAGGACACAAACAGAAUGGUGGUCAUCAUGUACUCCAACGACGGGGAUUUUCAUCGCAACACUAUUCCCUUGUUUGAAGAUAUUCAAGCUGCAGGUCCAUCAUCUGCCGAGCGGGUGGCUAACAUAUCGACACUUGUGCGGAGAGAGAGAAAGCCGAAGAUGUUGACUAAUGUCGUGGAGAAGAACUUUCUACCAUUAAAGUGGAAAAUGGCAGGUAUGGAUCCACCGGAGAAAGUGGUCUAUGAUGGUAUGGAAAGGGAGCCGAAUGCGAUGGUGGAGACAUUGGAGCAUUUUUGUCCUGCGGAUGAGACUGUCGUUUUCCUCGGGAAAGGUCAUGCGGGAUUGGUUUGGGAGCUGUUAAAGAGUCACCGUCAUUGCAUUGUGCUGGAAGGGGAGGGUAUGAAGUUCGAGUUCCUCAUUCAGUUCAUUGACAAAAUGGUCAAAACUCGGGAUUACCACGCCAACUUUACUAAGCCGCCUCCUCGACAUGAUGAAGGGCGUGAUCUCGUCUACAAGAUUGCCAAGCGACUCCAGCGUCUUAAUCCGGAGGUUUCUCAAUCAAGACUAGAUGAAAGAACAGAAGAAAUUUUCCAAGAGUUCAAAACAUCGCAGUGGUUUGAGUAUCUGGAAGAGUUCUAUGAUAGACAAACCAGCCCGGCUUAUGGAUAUUAUUGGCAUGUCAGAGAAGAUCUUGGGGAGAGGAAAAAAUCAGGCGGCGGUGGUGACCAUGGCAAGGGAUCCGGAUCGAGCGAAGGUGCGCAUGGCAAAGGAUUGCGAUCGGGGAGCGGUGCAAGUGACAAGGGUACGGAAUCGAAUGACGGUGCAAGCGGCAAGGACGCAAGUCGUGGGGAACGGCAGCAAACCGAAAAGUCUAAGGGACGUCAAGCAACAGAAGGCAAGGGAUCAACACCAAGCGGCGGUGGGCAUGGCAAACCUACAGGACCAAACGGCGGUGGUUCAAUUGUCGAAGGGUCUCAGGGGCCUCAAGAGACAGAGCGCAAGGGAUCAGGAUCGAGUGGUGGUUCAACUGUCGAAGGGUCCCACGGUCGAGUUGAAUACGACAGUGGCCUCGCAUUGGAGCGUUCCCGGCUUGACCGAGCGAAGAGUCACACGGUCGAGUCGAACCCGACAGUGGGAUCGGAAACGAUCGCCGGUGCGACUGGCAAGGCUUCRGGACCUCGAUCGGAAACGAUGGCCGGUGCGACUGGCAAGGCUUCGGGACCACGGGGGGGCAGUACAACUAUCGGCGGUGCUUCACCUGUCAAAGAGUCACGCGGUCGUGUCGAAYACGACACUCGUCCAGCAGUCACUGUCGAGUCGAACCCGACAGUGGGAACGGGAUCAAUCGCCGGUACAAGUGGCAAGGCUUCGAGACCAAUCGACGUUGUUUCACCUGUCGAAGGGUCACACGGUYGAGUCGAACACGACAGGGGUCCACUAUUGGAGCGCUCCCAGCUUGACCGAGCGGAGAAACUCGUGGUUGAGUCAAACCCGACACAGCAACGGGGAUCGAUUGCCGGUAUGAGUGCCAAAACUUCGGGACGAAAAGGCGGUGUGAGUUGCGAGGGCGUGAGUACAGCUGACCAAGUUUGGGCGACUACAAUACUAGUGGGCGACAGUGUCGCGAUGGAAGUGGAUAUUACUGGUACACUCGCGGAAUUGCAGAUGCCGUCGUCAACGAUGAAGGCCGAAGUAAGCGGCACUUUCCAGGACACGUUUGAGGGCGUAAAGGAGGAAGAAACUCUCCAUGUACAGGGCAUCGAAGAGGAUGAAGGACAUAUAGUCCUUAGUACACUGGAGCAAGCUGUACUUGUACAACCUCAACAAACGCUUGAACAACCUCAAACACCACAGUCUGCUAACCUCAUGAUAGCUAUCGAGGAAUCUCCUAUUGCGCCAUUGCAUAUGGAAGGUGUGACAGAAGGUCGUGUUGAAGAAAAACUGAGAGUUAGCCAUCGAGGUGAGCACUUUCUUAUCUUAGGAGCAAUAAGACUUGACCCGAACUUUAUCCCCGAUUUUAAAUGUUGACAUCCAUUCGUAUUUGUUCUUAGAUGCUAUCAUCAUAGAAUUAUGAGCUUUCUGAAUAUGCUCUAUUGUCUCCUGCAGUAAAUUUUCAUUCUUCAC